AUGCUUGCGCUGGGCACUGUCCUUUUAUCUUUGGCCGCCACGGCUUUCGGCCAGGAUCUCAGCGGUAACGACACAACCAACGGCACUGCCCCGAUUCGCGGAGACUACAUAUGGAAGCCAACAUGCAAGCUACCCUCGCCUGAAGAUUUCAUGUUCAACAUGGGUUUCGACUUCCGCGACGGCUGCGUUAAGGGCACGGGGAACCUAAAGGCCUUUGUAAUGUUUGUGGAUUUCCCAGAUGCCGAAGAUAAAGAUCCCGACUCGCUCAAGGCUUUGCACGACAAGCUGGUGCCCCCAACCGUCGAUUGGUAUACCAAGUCUAGCUACAAUAAGCUGAAACUGAACAUGAAGGCCGAUACCUCUCAGUACUACCGCAUGCCUAAGGCGUCGUCUGAGUAUGAUUGGCUAGGCAGAGGGGCUGGCAUUUGGCGACAUGAUCGUUAUAUUCAGGACGCCCUUGAUGCUUUCACCGCCAAUGGCACUCGCUCGCCCCCGCCCAAAGUGGAUGUCCUUUAUGUGGUUCCAACAAGCCAAGCAGCGAACUACAUGUCUCGCUCUAUUACCUACUACGACCCUGUCUCGACGCGUCAGGGUAAGCGGGUAGCCAAGAAGACUGUGACAUUUGGUGCUGCUGACUGGGAUCUUAUUGCUAUGACCAUGAUUCAUGAGACCGGUCAUGCCUUCUGUCUACCAGAUUACUAUUCAUUCCAAAGCUACGCAGGCUUCUAUACAGGAGGCUUUGGUGUCAUGUCCCAGACUGAAGGCAUGGCGCCUGACCAUUUCGCCUGGGACAAGUAUCGCUUGGGGUGGAUCGAGGACAAGGCUGUAGACUGUGUUCUUGAGGCCGGCAGCACGGAGCAUGUCCUUACUCCCCUUGCUGUCAAUGGUGGAAAGAAGGCGGUCGUGAUCGCAGGUAGCGAGAUUGCUGCUCUUGUGGCUGAAGUUCGCACUGCUGAUGGUCUGGAUAAGAAUCUUUGCGCUCCUGGUGUCUUACUCACUGAGAUUGGUACAAGAAUCGCAGCCGGCAGUGGCCCUAUUCGUGUUCUGGAUGCUACGCCUGGCACUGCGGGCUGUGCUGGAGACUUCGAUGACAAGAAUGAUGCUGCGCUGGCUUUGACUUUGGAAGGCAGCAAGUCUCUUGCGUAUAAGCCAGUUAGCUCGUUUGAGGUGCCUGAUUGGGAUGUCACAGUAACGCUGUUGAGUGUGGAAGACUCAAAGUAUACUAUUCGCGUUGACCGCAAAACGUCUGUUAAGACUGAUUCCUGGUAG